ACUCAACUCUGUCGACAAAUCAUCAUCAAAUUUCCGAAAAGUAAAAAAAGUGGAGUUUCCCUCGAGCUAAACACCAAGACAGAACAAUUUCCAGAACGCACCAGAACUCCCCUGCAUCUUCUCGACUGAUCCUCCCUUCCGUUCCACCUGUCUCCCUCUCCGCCGCUCAGCUCAGCUCCUUCACCGCCCCUCCAGCGUAUAAACUUCCACGACCGGCCACCCACCCUACUCAUAUAUAUCCACCUUUCCUACCCGAGUUCCAUAGCUAUAAAGACUAAAGUUCUGCCCUUACAUUGUCACUGCCCAGGCGAAAGAGUAAAGUAGAUAGUUUCAAAUUUACUUCGUAACAUGGCUUCAUCCAGGGCCGAAGGUAAGGCGAUCGGGAUCGAUCUCGGGACGACGUACAGCUGCGUUGGUGUGUGGCAGCAUGACCGGGUCGAGAUCAUCCCCAACGACCAGGGGAACCGCACCACCCCCUCCUACGUGGCCUUCACAGACACCGAGCGGCUCAUCGGCGAUGCUGCCAAGAACCAGGUCGCCAUGAACCCCCGCAACACCGUGUUCGACGCCAAGCGCCUCAUCGGCCGGCGGUUCUCUGACCCGACCGUGCAGAGCGACAUGCUCCACUGGCCCUUCAGGGUCAUCCCUGGGCCGGGGGACAAGCCGAUGAUCGUGGUCACGUACAAGGGCGAGGAGAAGCAGUUCGCGCCCGAGGAGAUCUCCUCAAUGGUCCUUACCAAGAUGAAGGAGGUGGGCGAGUCCUUCCUGGGCCAGACCAUCAAAAACGCGGUCGUGACCGUCCCGGCCUACUUCAACGAUUCCCAGAGGCAGGCCACGAAGGACGCUGGGGCGAUCGCGGGGUUGAACGUCUUGAGGAUCAUUAACGAGCCGACUGCUGCUGCGAUCGCGUAUGGGCUCGACAAGAAGGCCUCCAGGACAGGGGAGAAGAAUGUUCUCAUAUUCGACCUCGGCGGCGGGACCUUUGAUGUCUCGAUCCUGACGAUCGAGGAAGGGAUCUUCGAGGUCAAGGCCACCGCUGGGGACACUCAUCUCGGGGGCGAGGACUUCGACAACAGGCUGGUGAACCACUUCGUGCAGGAGUUCAAGAGGAAGCAAAAGAAAGACAUCAGCGGAAAUCCUCGUGCUUUAAGGAGGCUGAGGACUGCGUGCGAGCGGGCCAAGAGGACCCUGUCUUCCACCAGCCAGACGACCAUUGAGAUCGAUUCUUUGUACGAGGGGGUCGACUUCUAUGCCACGAUCACGAGGGCAAGGUUCGAGGAGCUCAACAUGGACCUGUUCCUCAAGUGUAUGGAGCCCGUCGAGAAGUGCCUCCGUGAUGCUAAACUGGACAAGGGUCAGGUGAAUGAUGUAGUGCUUGUGGGCGGGUCGACUAGGAUUCCGAAAGUGCAGCAGCUGCUGCAGGAUUUCUUCAAUGGCAAGGAACUCUGCAAAAGCAUUAACCCUGACGAGGCCGUGGCCUAUGGGGCGGCUGUCCAGGCAGCAAUCCUGACGGGAGAAGGGGAUGAGAAGGUCCAGGACCUACUCCUCCUCGAUGUGACCCCUCUCAGCCUCGGCCUUGAGACAGCUGGUGGCAUCAUGACGGUCCUGAUCCCGAGGAACACCACGAUCCCGACCAAGAAAGAACAGGUCUUCUCAACCUACUCUGAUAACCAGCCUGGAGUCUUGAUCCAGGUCUAUGAGGGGGAGAGGGCACGCACCAAGGACAACAAUCUCUUGGGCACCUUCGAGCUGAAGGGCAUCCCUCCCGCACCAAGGGGAGUGCCCCAGAUCAAUGUCACCUUCGAUAUCGAUGCUAAUGGGAUCCUGAACGUCACGGCAGAGGACAGGACUGCAGGGCUGAAGAAUCAGAUUACGAUCACAAAUGAUAAGGGGAGGCUGAGCAAGGACGACAUCGAGAGGAUGGUGCAGGAGGCAGAGCGGUACAAGGCCGAGGACGAGGAGGUGAAGAAGAAGGUCGAGGCCAAGAAUUCAUUGGAGAACUAUGCAUACAACAUGCGGAAUACUGUCCGGGACGAGAAGUUUGCUGGCAAGCUUGACCCAGCGGACAAGGAAAAGAUCGAGAAGGCAGUGGAUGAAACGAUAGACUGGCUCGACAGGAAUCAGCUGGCUGAGGUGGAAGAGCUGGAGGACAAGUUGAAGGAAUUGGAGGGGCUGUGCAACCCCAUCAUUGCCAAGAUGUAUCAGGGAGCUGGAACCGGGGAGGGGCCGAUGGGAGGCGGGACUGAGAUGCCACACGGAGGAUCUGGGUCGGAUGGCACUGGGGCUGGUCCGAAGAUUGAGGAGGUUGAUUGAGCAUGUGUGAUUGGUAGUCCAGUGUUAGUAUGUUACGGAGAUGUGUCAGUCUUUAGGCUUAUUAUGGUUUCGUACGGUUUGAUCUCUUUUGUAGGUUUGUACAGAACAGAAGAGGUGGUGUGAGUUUACGGUUAUUCAAUGCAGGAGCCUUUUAGAACCGAAAUUGUUAGAAUCUCUAAA